GAAAAAAAUAGAUAGAGAAUAUUAAACAAGAUGGCAGAUAUCGGAUUGAUCGGAUUGGCUGUUAUGGGUCAAAAUUUGGCUUUGAAUAUUGCUGAUAAGGGUUUUAAAAUUUCAGUCUACAAUAGAAGUUAUGAAAAGACUGAACACACAGUUAAAAGAGCAGAAGACGAAGGAAAGGGUUCUUAUCAACUUGCUGGAUUCAAAACCAUGCAAGAAUUCGUAAACAGUCUCUCCAAGCCACGUAAGGUUAUUAUGCUUGUUCAAGCUGGUAACCCAGUUGACUCAACUAUUGAACUCUUGUCACCACUUUUGGAAAAGGGUGACAUUAUUAUUGAUGGUGGUAACGAAUGGUUCUUGAAUACUGAAAAGCGUGCCAAGAAGGCUGUUGAGCUCGGAUUAUUAUACAUGGGUAUGGGUGUUAGUGGUGGUGAAGAAGGUGCUAGACAUGGUCCAUCAUUGAUGCCAGGUGGUCCAAUUGAAGCUUAUGAUCAAAUCAAACAUAUUUUGGAAAAGAUUGCUGCUCCACUCGUGAAUGAACCACCUUGUGUCACAUAUAUUGGUGAAAGAGGAUCAGGUAAUUAUGUCAAGAUGGUCCACAAUGGUAUUGAAUACGGAGAUAUGCAACUUAUUGCUGAAGUUUAUGACAUGAUGAAGAGUGUUGGUAAAUUGACAAAUGAAGAAAUUGCUGAAACUUUCACUGAAUGGAAUAAUUCUGAAUUGAAGAGUUAUCUUAUUGAAAUUACAAGCAAGAUUUUCAAGAAGAAGGACGAUUUGGGUGAAGGUCACCUCGUUGAUAAGAUUGUAGAUAAGAGUGGUAGUAAGGGUACUGGUAAAUGGACUGUUCAAGAAGGUGCUGAAAGAGGAAUUGCUAUCCCAACUAUGGCUUCUGCUCUUGACUCUCGUUAUAUUUCAUCAUUGAGAGAUGAAAGAUUGAGUGCUGAAUCUCAAUUGACUGGUCCAACUCCAAACGAUUUGACUGAAACUGUUGACAAGAAGGUCUUUGUUCAACAAUUGAAGAAUGCUCUCUACUGUUCAAAGAUUUGUUCUUAUACUCAAGGUAUGAAUUUGAUUGCUGAAGCUUCCAAGCAAUAUGGAUGGAAUUUGAAGCUCGGUGAAAUUGCUCGUAUCUGGAAGGGUGGUUGUAUCAUUAGAGCUGUUUUCCUUGAUCGUAUUAAGAAUGCCUAUGAUCUCAAUCCAAACUUGCCAAGUUUGUUCUUGGACCCAGAUUUUAAUAAGGAAAUUGCUGAAAGACAAGCUGCAUGGAGAAAGAUCAUCCAAAUGGCCAUUUCAGCUGGUAUUCCAACUCCUGCCCUUUCUUCAAGUUUGGCAUAUUAUGACUCUUACAGAAGAGGACGUUUGCCAGCCAAUUUGAUUCAAGCUCAACGUGAUUUCUUUGGUGCUCACACUUAUGAACGAACUGACAUGAAGGGUGCUUUCCACGCCAAAUGGGAAGAAUAAUUAUUUUAAUUGUAAAAAAUAUUUAAAUUAUAAAUU